AAUCGAUUACCCACAGGCAUCGAUAGCUUCGUUAAAAAUAUCGAAUAAGCUGUACUGGUAGCGUGCGCGUAUUUUAUACAAUUAAAACGUCCAAGCAAGCAACUCGAUUUUCGGCAAACAAAAAAGCGGUGAAGAAGAGGAGAGAAGGCUAGCGAAAAUAAGACUACUAUAGUGUGCGUGUACAAGAGAGAGCGCGUUUUAGCAAGCGUCUGUGUUUGUGUGUGUGUUUCUGUGCUUGCGGUUGUGUGUGUGAAGGGACGCCGCUAAAAAAGCCGCAGAAAAAAAGGAUUUUUCUUUAUUCGCUGGCUAUUUAAAUCCCGGAAAAUGGAGGAGGUUGUUGUUAAGAAACGCGGUCGCCCAUCAAAAGGAGGAGGUGGCGGAUCGACAGCCGUGGCUGCUUCUGCAUCGCCGGACGUCAAAAAACGCGGCCGUCCCGCCAAGAAUAAGGGCACCAGUUCGCCAGGCGGUGGACAGCGGGGUCGUCCGCCCAAGGCGGCCAAAAUCACCGAAGACGACGAUGAGGAUGAGGUAGAGGAGCCGGCUUCCGACGAGGAGCUGAACAACUCGUCCGCCAUUACGCCUUCGAAGGGCAGGGGUCGUCCCAGGAGCAUUGGCGGCGGAGGCGAUGCAGUCAAGACGCCCGGCUCCGGGUCCGCCAAAAAACGCAAAGCCGGCAGGCCCAAGAAGCACCAGCCCAGCGAUAGCGAGGAAGAAGAAGACCAGAACGUCGACGAUGAUGAUGGCAGCGCUGAGGAGAGUCGUCCGCUAGGUCGUCCACCGACAGGAGCUGUCAACUUGAACAUCGAACGCACAGGCCGUGGCCAGGGAAGACCGAAAAAGAAGGCGGCAGUAAAAAAAUCCGCCUGGAGUGCCGAAGGAGAGCCACCGAAGAAGCGCGGUCGUCCGGCAACUGGCAAGGCCGUUGGCCCCGUUCCCUAUGUGCCCACGGGCCGUCCACGUGGUCGUCCGCCAGCGAAUGACUCCACUGGCAGCCACGCUUACGUGCCCAACGGACGCCCACGUGGUCGUCCAAAGGCCAAUGCCGCUCCAGCGAAACCGGCGGCCGUUGACACUGGUGAUGAUGAGGAUGAGCAGGACGAGGACGAAGAUAAGGAGUCCGUGGAGGUUCCGAGCUCACCCGAGAAGACGGCAGUAACGCCGAAGAAACGCGGACGCCCUUCGCUGGCCGCCAAGGAUGGCGCUGCCAAGCCCCGUGGUCGUCCCACGAAAGUAACCAGCGCAGACGAUGGCGAUGACGCCGAUUCCACCGACCAGGGCGAGCACAACAACUCGAAAAAGGAGUCAAACGAUGAGGGACAGGCACGUCGUCCGGAUGGAACUCCAACUAAGGGAGAUGCCCUUAAGUGGAACUCCUCCGAUGGUGACAACGAUGCCAACGAGGAUAAUGUUUCGGACGUCUAUAACGAUGCCGAAUCGGUAGCUGCCUAAAUAUUAAAAAUACACAUUUCCAACCACCCAACCAAAAGGAAACCUUAAGCACACAAGACCACAAAAUACAAAAAAUACCAGGAGAGAACUCCUGAGAACCUUCCCCCUCCUCGAACAACAAAAACGAACCAUAACUACAUGCAUAUUCUGACUUAUUGCUAAGAAAACGUGUAACUCGGAAAAUAUUGUUUAAUUUGAUUUACAUUUUCAAAUAAAUAACAUAUAUGUCUUAGAGUA